UGUGUCUAUGUGUCUGUGUGUCUGUGUGUCUGUGUGUCUGUGUGUCUAUGUGUCUAUGUGUCUAUGUGUCUAUGUGUCUAUGUGUCUAUGUGUCUGUGUGUCUGUGUGUCUGUGUGUCUAUGUGUCUAUGUGUCUGUGUGUCUGUGUGUCUAUGUGUCUGUGUGUCUAUGUGUCUGUGUGUCUGUGUGUCUGUGUGUCUAUGUGUCUGUGUCUGUGUGUCUGUGUGUCUGUGUGUCUAUGUGUCUGUGUGUAUAUGUGUCUGUGUGUCUAUGAUCUCAGUGCAGGAUUUCUCAUCAGCGUAUGACCUGACCAUGACUACUUGUCUUGCAGCCAUCAUGAAGGUUGGUGUUCGGGCCUUCGUCCCCUGCCUGCUGGUCUUCCUGCUCUGCCACGGGAUGGCCAAGCCCCGCCGGCUCUUCAGCCGCUCCGACCCCAGCGAGGAGGGUCUCGGCUCGGGAGCCGGCUCGGUCCCGGAUCGGACGGCCGCUCCCCGCUACGCCUGCCCCCCACGCUGCCGAUGUCACAUCACCGUGGUGCAGUGCUCCAACCUCGGACUCAUCAAGGUUCCCCCGUACAUUCCAUCCGAUACGGCCGUCCUGGAUCUCCAGAAUAACAAGAUAAGGGAACUGACGGAGAGAGACUUCAGAAACCUGCAGAAUCUCCGGAUUUUGAUUCUGGUGAACAACAGGCUGCGGAAGGUCCACUCCAGAGCCCUGGCCCCUCUUCACACCCUCCGGCGUCUGUACCUGUCCAAGAACCUGAUCAGCCACGUCCCGGACAACAUGCCCGACACCCUGGUAGAACUUCACCUCUGUGACAACAAAAUCAAAUUUGUGAAGAAGAAGCCAUUUGACAAGAUGUCCAACAUGUUUGCACUUGAGUUGAGUAGGAACCCACUGCUGCCCAAGGGGAUAGCCAAAGGGGCCUUCGAAGGGCUGAAGUCUCUGCAUUAUCUCCGCAUCACCGAGACCGGACUCACUGAGAUCCCAAAAGACUUGCCAAGUUCAAUAUCUGAGAUACAUCUUGAUCGCAACAAAAUUCUCAGAGUGGACGCGGAUGAUUUCAAAAACCUCCACAGUUUGAUCAGGUUGAGACUCAGCUCCAACAAGAUCCGGCACUUUGCCAACUUGACCAUCGGGCACAUGCCGAACCUGCAGGACCUUCACCUGGACAACAACAGGCUCUUUGCCGUUCCACCUGGACUGCCCCAGCACAAGAACAUCAUGGCUCUCUAUCUCAACGACAACCACGUGGCCCAUGUCAAGAGCGGUGACUUCUGCCCACGGUACGAUGACCCGACCAAGACUCCCUACAGCAGGAUCAGCCUCUACGGGAACCCCAUCCCCUACUGGGAAAUCCAGCCGGGCGUCUUCCGAUGUGCGCUCGACUGGAUCUUCAUCCAAUUGGAACGACCCAACUGAAGCCUGAACGACCCAACUGAAGCCUGAACGACCCCUUGCGACUGGGACCAGAUCCCCGAGCCCCGGUCUCCAGCUGAGUCCUUGCAUCUCAACAUAAGUCCUGGGCCUCCUCCAUGGCCAGAGUGAGGCCCAACGCAAAUUGGAUGAACAGCACCUCAUAUUUGGGUAGUCUACACCCCAGCGGUAUGAAUCAAAGAUCCUAUAUCGGAGCAAGAUAGACCACUCCUGCUGAAUGCAAUGGGGCUGACGUGUAGUACGCAACGGAGAGGAACGUGGGCCUUUUGUUCAUCCAUUUCCGUAACCCGACCCGACCCGACCCGACCCGCAGUGUAAUCAACGUUGCGGGGGAACAGUUUGUGUUAAUAAAUUAAAAUUCUGAAAGAUUUUUCCCAAAGAACUUUUAUUUUUACGAGGAUGUUUCCGUAACUGGCUUCCGUCUCCGCACUAGUAUCUUUGCUCCGCUACGGGGUCUUUGGUGCGGAGACGGAAGCCGGUUACGGAAAUGGGGCCGAAACUUACCCCGUGACUCUGCCCAUGACCGUACUACGUCUAUUUCGUCGAGUGGACUACCUUGCUCGCUGUAGGAUCUGUGGUAUGAAUGUUGACUUUUAGCCCUUCCUUUCUCCCUCCUCCCCCUCCCCAUCCCAGUUCUCCCACAAGUCCUAUUUUCUCCGCCCACUUCCUUUCUUUUUCCCCCCUUCCCCACCCCGACAUCAGUCUGAAGAAGAGUCUCGACCCGAAACGUCGCCUAUUCCUUCUCUCCAUAAAUGCUGCCUCACCCGCUCAGUUUCUCCAGCAUUUUUUGUCUACCUUUUCGAUUUUUUCCAGCAUCUGCAGUUUUUCCUUAAACAUCAGGUCAUAAGUGAUAGGAGCAGAAUUAGGCCAUUCGGCCAAUCAAGUCUACUCCGCCAUUCAAUCAUGGCUGAUCUAUCUCUCCCUCCUAACCCCAUUCUCCUGCCUUCUCCCCAUAACCCCUGACACCUGCACUAAUCAAGA